UGUCAGUGUGGCCGUGUGUGGCUGUCAAUGACACCGCACAAACAUAAGUCGAUAAAAAAUUGCUAUCUCUGACAAGGAUUUUAUAUAUUCAGUGUUAGGUAAACAUUUUGAUAGUGGUAAAAUUAAGUCACAAUGAACGAGCCCAGCGUAUACGGGUACCAGGAGGGUAUGCCAGGGCCGGAGGGAACCUUGCAGCCGCCGGCGCCUCCGGGCGGCGGGACGUUCCCGGGUCCAUACAAGUUUUCUCCUGAAGAACUAAAGGUGCUUGGUGAGUGUAAUCGUGAAAGCUUCUUCCAACGGUCUAUGCCUCUUGGAACAGCUAUGGGACUCACCACUUAUAUCGCUAUACAGAAAGGUCACUUUAAACCAAAUCCUAGGUUUGGUGUCAUUCCAAAGGUGACCUUGGCCGUAGUGAUGGGGUAUUUUAUUGGAAAGCUGUCCUAUCAGGAAGCUUGUGCGGAGAAACUGAUGGCUUUACCAGGCAGCUACAUAGGACAACUCCUCCGGGAAAGAAAGGAUGGAAAAAUCAAGGGGACGGCAAUGCAAAAACCACCACCAUCAAUGUUUGGAGCAAGUCCAAAUGAUAUUUACUCAGAUGCUGGUCCUGGCAGCUCGCUGGACCUUGAUACUGAUAGACCCCUGUUCAAUGAUGAUUCCUAUCACCCUGAAAAUAACAGUGGUAAUGCAGAUCCUAAUACGCUAGAAACGCCCGCGCGUCCCUUACUUUCAUAUGAAGAACUGCGGCGACGUAACCGAGGGGAGUACUCGGACGCUAAGCAAGACCCAUACAGAUUGGAACCCGGCCUAGGUCCUGCGCCUCGCAGACCGCCGCCGCCGCCGCCACAAUCGCCACCCUCUGCACCAACGAACAAAUACGGCGAUACGAUGGAGUAACCUUCCGGUAUCUAACCAGUAGUAGAACAACGACAAAACUUCUUUCCGCUAGACUGACAGUCACAUAUGUAGAAAGUUAGACUUCAUAUUUUGCUGCUGAGUGGUAGUGAGCCCACUCUGUAUAAUUGCAAUUAGAACCGUUGUGCGUAAUCAAAUUACAUCGCAACCAUGUGACUGGCAAUCCAGCUAAGUGCAUAAGAAAGGGCACUUCGUGGAGGAAAGUGUAUACACAAAAGUAUUGUACUUCGCGAUAAGCUCACGUUCUAUCAUAUAUUUUAAAAUUUCUUCUGAUAAUUUUCAUGUACAACCAAGUAGGAUAAAAAAAUGCGCCGUUGUUAAAAAAAUAUGAAAAACGGCGGUGUAGUUAUUGAAAAUGUUCUGUUAACAAUGCACUUUGAAAGAGUUUUGACUGUAGAAUCAUGUAUAUUUGAUGUAACAUGUAAAAAAGAUGUUAAUGAAAUGGAAAUAAAGUAGUUAAGAGUUCAA